AUGUCGUACCCUCUCAGUCCCAACCUUCCUCGCGGUGUCAACUUAGACCCUCCAACAAUGAUUACUACUUGUGCGGACAAAUUCGCUGAUCAGUCGUGCUUUGAGUCUUACGUCCGCAACGCAAUUCAGAAAGCAUCGAAUCCUCAAAUCUUAGUUUUCACAAAGGUGAGUUCAUCGUGGGGUGAACAGACAGUAGACUCGGUCAACCAAAAACGUGACGGAUACUCGACGCGGAAAACGUAUAAUUCUUGGACCAAGGUCUUACGAGUCAUAGUCAUGUCCACAGAAAUUCAUGACUGUGUUCAAGAUUGGUGGCGUCUUUGUGAACUUGACUUGCGGGACACCGGUGUUUUGACCAGCUUUGAACAAAUCCAACUCGUAGCACGAGUGGGUACAACGCUCAUGUUCCAGUCAGGUCCAUAUCGUGGUUCCCAGAAAGAACCUGAUUUCUUCCUUCGGGCAAAUAACGAUCGUCUUCCAUCCUUUGUAAUAGAGUCUGGAUGGAGCGAGUCAUGGGACGACCUCAUGAACGAUAUGAACCUUUUACUAGUCGGCGGUGAUGGGGAUAUUAGUGCUGUUGUCAUCCUUAAAUGGAGCCUUAACCGCAAUACGAUGCUCGUGGAGGGCGCUGUCGAACUUUAUGUUCGUGAUAGAAACGGGAUGCCAGUACGUCGCCAGCGAGAAGUUAUUUUCCCGGCCCCCCCUCAAACUCAGAAUCCCCAACGACUUGAACUAACGCGCAAAGAAAUCUUCGGCCCUCAUCUUCUGGCUGAUCCGGCACGCAAUGGACCUCCUAAUGCGAUGGUCUACUUAGAAAUAAGCCACUUACGACUCGUAGCCACCCGUGCACUGCAGCUUAUGACAUUUACGCCUGCUUAG